CCCACUUCCAUCAACAUACCUUUCCUCCCUUUUAAACCAAGUGUCUUCUUCCACAUUAAGUUUUGCAUCCCCAUCACUUCACAACCAAGAAAUUUAGCUCCUUCAGUCUACUACAUAAUAUGCAUCAACAUCACUUUCUUCACAAUUUCACAAUUGACAAUAAACUGUCUGUUCUCCACACAUCCACUUUCAGAAAAUAGCUAAUUAAGAGAGCAGAAGAAAUAAAGAAAGAUGAGUGCAGAUUGGGGACCGGUAGUUGUCUCUGUAGUUCUGUUCAUCCUUCUGUCUCCAGGGCUUCUCUUCCAGCUACCAGCAAGAACCAGGAUCAUUGAAUUCGGAAACAUGUACACCAGUGGAAUUGCCAUCCUCAUUCAUGCCAUUAUAUACUUCUGCAUAAUCACUAUCUUGAUCAUUGCAGUUGGCAUUCACAUACAUUCUGAUUGACCAACUUUAUUCUAUCCUCAACAUUUCUUCCACUUUAUUUUUUUUUUUUUUAACUUUUUCAGAUGAAGUUGGGGCAUCUAAUUCUAAUUCUACCUUCCUUGUCUAUUCUAAUUUUAUUUUUCUUUACAUGACCCAAUUGUUCAUGGUUUCAUUGUUGUAUGGUGGCGUGUGUAUUCUGUUAAACAUGGAAAGAAAUGUAUAAUAAAGAAUCUUUUUCACUAUAA